CUUGGUAAGAAACAAAGGGCCACAGCAAUGACACAGAUGAACGAGCAUUCAUCGCGUUCACACGCCUUGCUUUGGGUGACGGUCGAUGGUGUUAACAAGACCACGGGUGUCAAGACGACAGGAAAGCUGAAUCUUGUUGAUCUUGCUGGAAGCGAAAGAGUGUCUAGAAGUGGAGCCGAAGGUGAAAGACUAACUGAAGCAAAAAACAUAAAUUCUUCUCUGUCCAGCCUGGGAGAUGUAAUGCAUGCCCUUAACAACAAGUCAGCCCAUGUUCCAUACAGGAACUCGAAACUCACUUACCUCUUGAAAGAAUCACUCGAUAAGAUGGCUGGUGGAGACUCGAAGACGCUCAUGGUCGUAAACAUUUCACCGGCAGAAAAGGACGCCUCCGAGACUAUUAGCAGUCUUGUCUUUUCAAAUAGAGCUCGAAGCGUAGAACUUGGSCAAGCAACCAGCAAAAAGUCCAAGUUGAAGGACUGGGUAAGGGAAUAUGAGGGAACCCCAUCGAAGGGAAGCCCCUUACCACGACCACAUACUCCWUUCAAAGCCAUCAAUUCCMCAUUUGUGAGACGUCAGCCUUUCAAAUAAUAAUUCAACCCGAAUGUCAAUACGUCAACUGAAUGACACGUGUAAGAUCAAGAACUUCAAGGCAAAGCGAACAACAAAUGGAGG